CUCGAUUUUGAUUGCAAGUGAAAUUACUCACAGUUGUGUGUUCAUGUAAACCGAAGAAAUCGAACCGAAACCAAACCGAAGGGAGUUUUGUGAUGAUUUAAGAAAUUUGUUAAUUUAAGAAAUUUGUUUUUGUGAUGAAAAUGGAAAAUCAAUCACAUUCAAAAGAAGUCGUUUAGGGAGGUACAUUAUUAGGGUUUAGUGAUUACCCAAAUUGUGUGCUCGUGUUCUUCAAUCUCCUUAAUCGAGUCAUCUUUUUUUUUGCGAAUUCUUCUCUUUGCUGAGGAUGGAUAUGGGGCGAGAGAAGAAGAUGAGAGUGCUCUGCAAGUUCUGCGAGUGCUCCGGAAGCAGAUUUGUUGAACCAAGGCCAAACGGACAAGAUCAGGAAGCAUCGUCUUCUAUGGAGAGGGAAAUUAGUAGACUACGCCUUUUGACCAGGAGAAUGACCGGUAAGGAUCUUGAUGGUCUGAGUUAUGCCGAGCUUCGCUUACUUGAAAGCCAGUUAAGGGAUGCACUUCUCAUUGUGAAGAACCAAAAGGAGAAAGUAAAGCUGCUAGAAGAUGAAAGGCUGUGCAAACAAGAGAAGAAGGGAGCAAAGGUCAAAGAUGGCUUCGGUAGAGAGCUCUCUGUUCCUUACACAUCCUCUGGUAGCAGCUCUGAAGAUAGGCCACAAAAGCCAGAUGAUGUAAUACCAGAGAUGAGAACACAGAAGGCAUUUGAGAGAAGAAUGUUUGAAUCCCCGCAGAUGGAGUUCGAGCGGCUCUGGAUUUUCAAAGAGAGAAUGAAUGGAAGAAAUCUAGAUGGAAUGACGCUCCACGAAGUGGUCUUACUUGAAAUUCAGAUAUACGAUGGUUUAAAGAGAGUGCGGUUCCAGUCGAUGAGACCACGAAUGGAAGAACUUGCGAGGCAACUCAAAGAGGAGACGAUGUCUUUGUUAGCUAAGCAGGAGACAUGUUUGUUGGCUAACGGCAGUGGCAAGGAUGACCGCCAUCGAGACAUUUCCCUGCGACUUUUUUCCGUUUCAAGAAAGCUUAGGAGAUUCCAAAACCGUUGUCACCGGAAGGACAUGCCAGAGAAGAAGAUGAGUGUGCUGAGGAUUGAUAUGGGGCGAGAGAAGAAGAUGAGUGUGCUCUGCAAUUUCUGCGAGUGCUCCGGCAGCAGAUUUGUUGAACUAAGACCACGCGGACAAGAUCAGGAAGCAUCGUCUUCUAUGGGGAGGGAACUUAGUAGACUACGCUUUUUGACCAGGAGAAUGACCGGUAAGGAUCUUGAUGGUCUGAAUUAUGCCGAGCUUAGCUUACUUCAAAGCCAGUUAACGGAUGCACUUCUCAUUGUGAAGAACCAUAAGGAGAAAGUAAAGCUGCUACAAGAGAAGAAGUCAGCAGAGUUCAAAGAUGGCUUCGGGAGAUCCUCUGGUAGCAGCUCUAGAAAACAGGAGGCAUUUGAGAGAAGAAUGUGUGAAUCCCCGCAGAUGGAGUUCGAGCGGCUCUGGAUUUUGAAUGAGAGAAUGAAUGGAAGAAAUCUAGAUGGAAUGACGUUAGAAGAACUGUUCAUACUUGAAUUGCAGAUAUACGAUGGUAUAGAGAUUGUGCUGGACCAAAAGAUGAGACCACGAAUGGAAGAACUUGCUAGGCAACUCAAAGAGGAGAAAUGUCUUCGUUAGCUGAGCAUCGAGACAUGUUUGUUGGAUAAAGGCAGUGUGGCAAGGAUGACCGCCAUCGAGACAUUUCCCUGGGAAUUCUUUCCGUUUCAAGAAAGCUCAGGAGAUUCCAAAACCCUUCAACCAGAGUUUAGUUUGCUGUUAUUAUUGGUGAAUUAGUAUGUAAUGACUUUGGAUUUAUGCAAAUUUUGUUUUAAACAUAAACAUCAUCAUUCAUCAGAUAACAACAAACACUAAAUGUGCUUUAGUAGAACUAGCACCAAACUAUUUGUUGAGUUGGUUUUGUUGCAAACUGGCUCCGC